UUGCAGAUUCCAUCGAGCUGCGACACAAGCAGGCUGCUCUCCAUCUUCAUCAUCUUCUUCUUCUGCAGCCUCCAAGCGUCUCCUUUCUUCCGCCUCCUCGUCUCCUUCCUCCUCUUGGUGCAUGGAGCGCAGCGCCUGAGUAGACGCGAAAGGAGAGCGGGUGGGGUAUCUUCAUCCACCCUCCUCAUCCUCAUCUUGGGGUUGCCGUCCCGGCCGGCCGCCGCCAUGUCCUCGCCAGCUGGUGGGGACGUAUCAGGCUACCAUCUGAGUGUGGUGCGCAACCCACCGGGCUGGGAGGUGGGCAUCUACAUGGUGGGCUUCAUGGUUCUGCUGGCUGUGGCCGGGCUGAACAUCUGGAAGCUCUGGAAGUCCGGAACUUUCCCAGCGCCGUCGCCCUUUCCCAACUUUGACUACAGAUAUCUCCAGGAAAAGUAUGGAACGUCCUUCUCAGAAGUCCGCCAAAAGCGGCUGGCGGCCAACAACCACCGACGGGCCUCCACCACGUCCAGCCGCAAGCCCAGCCUGGCCCCGGGCGACACCCCGGACGGCCUCAGGGAUCUGGGUCACCUGGAGCUGACGGGUCGAGAUCUGGACCUGAGCGCCGUGGUCCAGCUCAACCGCUCCGUCUCCACCGACUCGCUCAGCUCCAUCUCAUCCGUCGCCAACAACUUUGGCCACGACUUCACCGUCGGCCAGCUGGAGGUGACGCUUGAGUUUGAGUCCUGCCGAUCUGCAGGGCAGGGCGUGCUUCACGUCACCAUACACCAAGGCAAGGACCUCCUGGAGAAGGAAGAAGGAGACUUCCCAGGCUGCUUCAUCAGGGUGUCCCUUGGGCCCGAGGAACUCAGUGUGGGCGUCACAAGGGUGCAGACCAAUGCCUUCACCGUCAUUUUUGAGGAGCGCUUCUUGGUAGCGCUGGACGUGUGCGCCCUGGAGGACGGCAGCCUCAGAUUUGCCGCCUUUGGGAUCGACAAGGAUGAGAGGAACAUCAGCGCGGGGGUGGCGGAACUCAAGCUGUCAGACCUGGACCUGACCAUCAGACCCUUCAACAUGUGGCUUUACCUCCAGGAUGUCAAUAAAGCGGUGGACGCAGUGGGGGAGAUCCUCCUGUCGCUCAGCUACUUGCCGACAGCAGAGCGCCUCACGGUGGUGGUGGCCAAGUGCAAGAACCUGCAGUGGACCAACGGCAAGAACACAGCAGAUCCGUUCGUCAAAGUUUACCUCCUGCAAGAUGGCCGAAAGAUCAGCAAGAAGAAGACGUCCACCAAGCGGGACGACACCAACCCCAUUUUCAACGAGGCCAUGAUCUUCUCCGUGCCCUCGGCGGUGCUGCAGGAACUCUCUCUACGGGUCACCGUGGCCGAGGCCUCGGACGAUGGCCGAGGCGAGAACUCGGGUCACGUAAUCAUCGGGCCCGAGGCCAGCGGCAUGGGGAUCACCCACUGGAAUCAGAUGCUGGCCACCCUGAGGAAGCCUGUGUCCAUGUGGCACCCUCUGCGCCGGAUCUAGCCAAUAAAUGAUCUUUGAUGGAAGAGCUGUACCCAACCUGUAUUUGUUUAUCCAUCCAUUUCUCCAUUUCAGCAACAUCAUCUUCUGGCAUCUUGCCAAGUCCCAAAUGAGGCCAAAUUUGCUCAGCAAGAUGAUGUCAGAUGACCUUAUGUUCAUACAGUCAGGACAAGCUACUAAAUAACAACACCAAAGUACUACAUGAUUCUUUGGGUACACAUUCCCAUUGGGAUCUUAUUCUCCUUUCCUGGAAAGAUAAAACGGC